CAGGAACAGUACAUCCACAUAUAUCAUGGCCGCCUUCUCAGACGAUUACGUCGCAUCAAUACUUCAGCGUGAAGCCGACAAGAAAAGCACAUCAAAUCUCAGCUCUCUCUUCAGCAGCGUUGGCAGCGUCACGAGAGCGACCAAACCACGAAGCGCAGCACCCAAACCCAAUGCCCGCUUCCUUAGGAAUCUGGUCCGAGAUGUGGAUAGCCAUAAUGCCGCUUUGAAAGAAAAGGAAGAACGAGAGUCCAGAAGACGGAUGUGGGAUUUACAGCGGGGAAAGAAGGGCGAACGUCCGGAGAGAGUGAAAAGAAAGGUUGAGGUUGAGGCUGAGGACGAUGAUGGGAAGGAAGCGGGAAGUAAGAGAAGACGGAGGAGUUUGGAGAGAUAUGCGCCAGGAAGUGCGAGGCAUGGGAGAGCAAAGGAUAGUUCGCCAACAGCGACGGAAAGGAAACAUCAUCACCAUCGCUCUGAGAACAGGCGGCAGGAGAGGGACAAGGAGAGAUCGAGAUCACGAUCUCCGGACAGGGAGAGGAAACAUCACCAUCACCACCACCACCACCAUCAUCAUCAUCGUUCGAAGAGAUCGCGGGAACAUGAGAGAGACAAGGCAAAAGCCAGAUCACGAUCACGAUCGCCAGACCGCUCACACCACUCUUCGAUAAGAAGACGCAGAGAGGUCCAGAAAGAGGAGGAGGAGGAGGAGGAGGAACAAAGUUCAUCGGAGGCUGAAAUUGGUCCAGAGUUACCUGCGCGUGGAAGAGGCUCGCAACAUGCGUCCAUACUGGAUAGGCCGGAAGAAGCAGAAAGAGGGAAGACUACUCGCCCGGAGGUUGUGGUAGAGGAAGACAUCGCCAAUGUGAAAUGGACAGCUAUAGGGCAAAAGAGAGAAUGGGAUCGUGGGAAGGAGCAAGAUCCGUUCAAUAUCAAAUCGGACUCGGAAGAGCCGGAAGAGAUGUGGGCUGGACGGUUGAAGUGA